AUGUUCGCCAGACUCAUCUUUGUCACUGCGUUGCUCAUUGUAUCCCUUGCCUAUUUCCUGUCCGGCGACACCGCAUCACAGCGCGAGCCAUAUAUCCAGGGCAGAAACAAAACUGUCCUCUUUAUCACGAAUAGCGAGCAUGGCUUAUCAAAUGUCCACCUUGCAACUGCAUCAGCGCUAUUGGAGAACUACUCGGACAUAGAAGUCCAUUUUGCGUCUUUUCCAAGUAUCAAGCAGAAGUUGGAUAAAAUUUUGUCGUUCGCAAGACGUCAAUCUCUCGGCGUGAGGGAUAUUACUUUUCAUGGUCUAACUGGAUUGACCUUUGCACAAGCAAUUGUUAAAGAAGGACGAAGCUUUAUCUCUCCCCCAGGCUGGAGAGGUAUUGCCUCCCUAGCAGAGCAUAUACAGCUGUGGAUAUCUCCAUGGACGUUUGAGGAUCAUGUUUAUUUAUAUGAAGAGCUUAGUAGUAUCAUUAAUGAUGUGGAUCCAGCAGUCGUUGUCCUGGAUAGUUGGUUUCGGCCAGCAAUUGAUGUUACGCGCAAGAAAAACCGACAGCAUGCUUUCGUCACCCCGAACACCCUUAUAGAUCAUUUCUUGGGAUUGCAACCUCUCUGGGUCAGACUGUGGAAGUAUCCCGCUCCUUCUUCAGGGUUUAGCUUCCCUGUUCCUCUCAGAAACCUCCCAGAAAACAUAUAUAUGAACGCUCGUUACAUCUACAGCGCCAUGUUUACUCCUGAUGCAUCCACGAAAAGGGCUCGGCUGAGGGAAUUUGGGUUGCAAGAGCCACUGAAUCUGUUCGGGAUGCAUCGCCCAGAUGUUCCCUGGAUCACGCAGAAUACUGAAGGUGCUAUGAUACCAGUGGAUUAUGUCCCUCCUAAUGUUACCUGCGUUGGCCCGAUACUCCUCUCGGGUGCUUCGGCUGCAGAACAAGACCCCGAAACCGCGGCUUGGAUGAAGAGAUCGCCUACUGUUCUUAUCAAUCUUGGUAGUAAUCUCGCCUAUGAUGAGACUAGGGCAACAAUUAUGUCGCUGGCUAUAACGGAGUUGCUCUCCAGGACCGGAGUUCAAGUACUUUGGAAGUUCAACAAGCUGGGCGAGUACCCGGACGCUUUCAUGGAAACAUUAAUACCGCACCUUGAAAGUAAAAGACUCAAGAUGCCGAAUUGGCUUAGAGCAGACCCAUCAUCACUUCUCGAAACAGGAGAUAUCAUCGUUUCAGUGCACCAUGGCGGAUCAAACUGCUACCAUGAAGCAAUCGCGGCUGGUAUUCCACAUGUGAUACUUCCCCUCUGGGCCGACCUCUACAGCUACGCUGCUCUAGCGGAAACGAGUGGCGUGGGUGUAUGGGGCUGUAAGGAUACGACACCAGACUGGACAAGUCAAUGCUUGACUGCAGUCUUUCUUGAGGUCGUGGAAGCGGAUCACGGCGGUGCCUUGAAGAAAGUUGCGGAACAGUUAGGUGAGAGGGUGCAAACGGCCAGGAAGGGGAGGGAUAUUGCAGCGGAUGAGGUUGCCAAGCUGGCAUAUGUGCUAUAA